AGAUACACAUACAUGCGCGAGGUUAUAUAAAACCACGUCGCACUUUGAAGAACAGCGGCAAUCGACCGUCAGUGUCGAGAGAUAUAUAACGCGCGGAGACACAUCGAUUCGGAGCAACCACAACCUGUUAUUCGCGUGUUUUCAUCAGUGAAAAGUUGAUAGAUUUAGCUACAGUAACUCAAAAAUUCAACCCUUUAAUUUCGGGGUUAAAGUUAAUUUUACUAAGUGAACUGAAAACAGGUUGGGUGAAAAAUCAUGAAGACAUUUGUCAUCUUUGUAGCCGUUGCAGGGCUGAUCUGCACGGCAUCCGGCCAGUCGUUACCGACGAAUGUGAACGAAGCGCUAGCCAAGGCCAACGAAAUCAUCGACCUCAACAACCUCCCAGGCAUCAAGAACUUGAGUUUCACGGACUUGCCAAUCGACGAUGCGCAGAAUAUGCUGAGAAAGAAAUGUGAGAAGAACGGAGGCGCCGGAUCCUACGAGACAGCCAAAGCGGGCGGCACCGAGUUCUUCGGCUGCGUCAAGAAUCUUGUCAACUUCACUAGGCUCAAGGAAGAGAUGGACGCCGCCCGACCCACCGGUGACCUCGACGAAGUCUUUCAGAAGUACUGCGCCAAGAAGCCCACCCUCAAUGGCUGCAUGGCUAACUUGACCACUGCCAUCGAGCCUUGCCUGGAGCCAGCUGAAAAAGAGAAUAAGAAAAUCGUUCACAACAUAACCGAGAAGAUUCUUAACUUUGUCUGUUUCAAAGAGGGCGAUCGAAUUGCACUUUUUAUCGCCGCCAAAGGUCCAGAGUGUUUCCAAAACAAGGCGCAAGCUAUUGGUGAUUGCGCGAAUGCUACGUAUGGAAGCUACGCCAACCAGUUGCCGUUCAAUCCUGCAAAUGGCUUGAGUGGAUUGACAUCAGGAAUUGGAGAACUGAAGAAUAUUCCGUCUCUCAUUUUCGACGAUAAAGCAUGCCGAAACAUGGACAAACUGCAGACUUGUGUUGUGACAGCUCUUGAGGGCUGUGAGGAUCCAACUCCAGCAAACCUCUUGGACUCCAUCUUCAACUACAUCAAGAAGGUGACACCUUGCGAAAAGAUGCUUGGAGAUGGUCCGCUUCCACCUCAGGCCCAAACAAUGCCUAGCUCUGCGACAAGGAAUGUUGGCUUUGCUGCCCUAGCCAUAGCUGCUCUUGUUUUGCUCUCUUGAAUUUAAGUAUAAGAAGAAAAGAUGUUUGCCGCGCGUCUUCCUCAAAAAGAUUGUUAUUAUAAUACAGUACUGAUUAUUAUUAUACAUAUGAGGCAUGUAAUGCUGUGAUUUCACAUGACGACGUCCAAUCAAAGAUGUAUGAUUAUCAAAUUCUUUUUUUUCAAUUUCAUUGCAAAAAGUUGCUGUGAAUAAUAUUUUAAUGUGCAUUUUUUCUCUAUAAGUCACACUUUUGACAUGCAUUUGAUUUUUUGCUGCCGGUAUAAUUGCCAUUCUUUUCAUUUGUUUGUGUAAACCGUUAAGCAUGCAAUAUCUAUGUAUAUUGUAUAGUGAAGAUAGUAAAGUACAUGUUUGGUUAUGAAUACCAUUUAUUUUUAAAUCUAAUGAUAGACAUUCUGAUUUCUGCAGAAUGUGAAUUUUAUAAAACGUUGACAACUAAAAUAUAUAAUAAUGUGUUGGUUCUUGAGCAUUUAAAUUAAUAUAAAAAUACGCUUAACAAUUUUUUUUUUUUAAUUAAUUUAACGAUAAUAGAAUAAUGCUUUAAAAAGUAAGUACAUACAUAAGGAUGUGUAAACUGUGUUCUAAAAAUUGAAGAAAAUAAACGUUUAUAUCUUUGUACAAAGUGAGUUUCUAGGAAUCUAUUGCAUAUCAAUAUUACGCUUGUAUCAUGAAUAUCAAAAUUUUAUACAUUGUUAAGCAUGUUUCAUUAUAAGUAUAUGUAUGCAUUUGACACUGCAAACUCAAAAUCAAAAUAAACAAAUAAAUACAUUGUCUACAAAAAAUGAA